GUAAUCGUUGCGACAGAGCGACACUAUCCAGAAAUAUUGUAAAGUUCCGCCAUCUUGUUUCUGACCACCUAGAUCGGUUAGUUGAGUUGGAUACGUAUGAUGUUUGCAAACAUUGAUUUGUGUUUUACAGUGAAAUAAGUUAAUUCAGUCGAUGUGUAAGUUUGAGAUUUAACUACAAGUUUUCGUCUUAUUAGGUGUUCUUCCACCUGAGACAUGUUUUACGCUCACUUUGUCUUGGCCAAGAAGGGCCCUCUUGCCCGGAUUUGGCUUGCUGCUCACUGGGAUAAGAAACUCACUAAAGCUCAUGUUUUUGAAACAAACAUUGAGAAAUCUGUUGAUGGAAUUCUUCAACCAAAGGUGAAGAUGGCCCUGAGGACGUCGGGCCACCUGUUGCUGGGAGUAGUGCGCAUCUACUCCCGCAAAGCCAAAUAUCUGUUGGCUGACUGUAAUGAGGCAUUUGUAAAGAUCAAGAUGGCAUUCCGUCCCGGAAUGGUAGACUUGCCCGAGGAACACAGGGAAGCUGCCGUUAAUGCCAUUACUCUGCCUGAAGUCUUUCAUGAUUUCGACACUGCCAUGCCAGAGCUAAAUGAUGUGGACAUAGAAGCCCAGUUCAGCCUGAACCAGUCACGUGCUGAGGAGAUUACGAUGCGUGAAGACUACGGGAACAUUACUCUGGUCACCACUGAGGAGGGUUUCGGCGACAUCGGCUUUGGAUCAGAUCCACCAGACUUGAUGCAUCAUGCAGGGGGACUUGCUCAGGCCCUUGAUCAGUCUAACCUGCUGUUCAGUGAUGGUGUAGACACUUUGGAGAAGGAUAAGGAACCUCAGCCAUCAACCUCCAACAGCCUCAUGACUCGGGCAGCUCUGGAGAUUGAUGCUCCCAUCAGAGAUGAUGGAUUUGGUGGCAAUCUCGGCCAGGAUAUUAUAGGUAUUAUAAAUUAUAAAGUAAAAUAUUUUCAAGAUUUUUUUCAUAUUUUGGUUAUUAAGUUGUAAAGAAAAUAUCUCAAC